UCUCUGUUAAAAGCUUCCAACAUAGUAUCGUAAUUCCUGUCCGACGGUCGUUUAUCAUGUUUACAGCUACACGUACAUAUGUCUGUAUAGCUUGGCUUCGCUUUAAAUAGGCAAAUUUCAUCGCGUCUAUCUUCUGGAAAUUAUAUGAUUUUUACUUGCUCCACCGGGAUAUAAUAAAUUUUAGCGUGCUCAUAGAACUAAAUUACGGAUAUUUAUAAAUAUAAUAAUAUAUUCAUGACUCUGCGUAUUUGUGGGACACAGCUGAUAACCCGUUGAUGUAUACUUUUAUUGCGCGUGAACCGUGUUCGAACCGAUGCAUAUAUUAAAUUUUGUUGAAUAUUUUAAGACGAAGUUAAUUUAAAAUUCUCGUUAAAACCGAGCUCAAAACAUUCCCGAUUAAGUUUAGACGAGGUAAUUAGAAGCCAAACUAGACAGUCGCAUUUACAGAAAAUUUCCCAAUUCCGGUAUUAGAAUAGACAUACGCUGCCGCAAUGUGGCCUGGAGUAUUGAAGUUAUUGGUGUUACUAACAUUCUUGCUACAUCUAUCAAGAUGUGCGCAGAUGCAGAAAAAGGUGGUGAAUUUCCGGGAAAAGGAGAAGGAAGUGUUAGACGACAUUCUAGGACCAGGACGGUACGACGCGCGUAUCCGGCCCAGUGGAGAAAAUGGAACAGAUGGGCCGGCCAUUGUCCGGGUAAACCUGUUUGUGCGAAGCAUUGCGACAAUUAGUGACAUCAAGAUGGAGUACUCUGUACAGUUAACAUUCCGGGAACAAUGGCUGGAUGAACGAUUAAGAUUUAGUGAUUUUAAAGGUCGUCUAAAAUAUUUGACAUUGACGGAUGCAAGUCGCGUUUGGAUGCCAGAUCUGUUCUUUUCGAACGAGAAAGAAGGACAUUUUCACAACAUUAUUAUGCCGAAUGUGUACAUUCGUAUUUUUCCCAAUGGUUUCGUUCUAUACAGUAUACGAAUAUCCCUAACAUUAUCAUGCCCGAUGAAUUUAAAAUUAUACCCCUUGGAUCGACAAGUUUGCUCGUUGCGUAUGGCAAGUUAUGGUUGGACAACCGAUGAUUUGGUUUUCCUGUGGAAAGAAGGAGAUCCUGUCCAAGUUGUUAAAAACCUACACCUGCCUCGGUUCACGUUGGAGAAAUUUUAUACCGAUUAUUGUAAUAGCAAGACGAAUACUGGAGAAUACAGCUGCCUGAAAGUUGACUUGCUGUUCAAGAGAGAAUUCAGUUACUAUCUUAUUCAAAUCUACAUCCCCUGCUGUAUGCUUGUAAUUGUAUCCUGGGUAUCGUUCUGGCUCGAUCAAAGUGCUGUACCAGCUCGAGUUUCACUUGGUGUUACUACCUUGUUGACGAUGGCUACGCAGACGUCAGGAAUAAAUGCCUCACUGCCACCGGUCUCUUAUACAAAGGCUAUCGAUAUUUGGACAGGCGUAUGCUUGACUUUCGUAUUCGGCGCUCUCCUCGAAUUUGCCCUAGUAAAUUACGCGUCGCGGAGCGAUAUGCACAGCGAUAACAUAGAGAAAAAGUAUCCACCGUCUGAAACCGAACAAUCCACGUCGAUGGAUUUACCCUCUGAUCAAGUCGAACCAGAUAAUUCGUCAAAUUUCGCUAUGACCGGAUAUGAUGGACCACUUCAACAUUCUCUACAGAAACCUCUGGUUCGACAACCGGAGGACACUAUGUCGAUGGAUAGGAUGGAGCACUGCGAAUUACAUAUGCAACCACGAAAAAAAAACUGCUGCAGGUCGUGGCUGUCCAAGUUCCCGACGAGGUCCAAGCGCAUCGACGUCAUCUCACGGAUCUUCUUCCCCAUCGUAUUCGCUUUCUUCAAUCUCGCGUACUGGUCCGCGUACCUGUUUCGGAAGGAAGAGCAAGACGAGUAAAUGUCGACGAGGAAGCGCUCGGAUCAAGGGACGUGGCUCGCGGCCAUUCCCAGUAUACUUACACCACAACCACCACCACCACCGGUAAACCUUAUCAUCGUUCGCGUUCUCGUCGACUACAU